AGUUUACUGUGACAUUUCCACAGAUAACAACAUAUACAGAUAAAUUCCGGCGUCGUCGCUUUUCUUUCGGUUCGUCGCACGACGUGUCAGUUAAUCGCCGCUCAUUAAAACCUUGUUUAAACAUUUAAACAAAUUAUCGAUUUAUGUUAAUAUAAAAGGAAUGUGUCGGGAAUGUAAACCGUUCGAUUUCAGGACGAUUUUUGACUAAUCUCAAUCUGAUAUCGAGUUUCAAGUGUUGAUUAGUAAUUAAUAUGAAAAAGGAUACAGUUUUUUUCCCGGUACAAGGACUGUUAAUAUUUAUCCUGUUAGCUUAUAUUGACGAUAAUCUGGCAUUGGACGUGUCUGUAGUUAUACCAACUGCGGCACGAGUUCGAGACACGGUUUCCCUACAAUGUAAAUACGACCUCGAAGGCGAACCUCUGUAUACUUUGAAAUGGUAUAAAGGUACCAAAGAAUUUUAUAGAUACAUUCCGAAAGAGCUACCCAAUACGCAAACCUUCAGUUUACCUGGGAUUAAUAUAGACAAGGACAAAAGCAAUCCCAACAACUUGGUGUUAACAAACAUUCAACCGGAAGUUACCGGACGAUAUAAAUGCGAAGUUUCUUCGGAUGCCCCGAAUUUUUAUACCCUAUUUCAAUCAGGAUAUAUGUAUGUUAUUGAUGUACCGGACGAUGAUCCUGUUCUCGCUUUGGAAAAGGAUGUGCUGGAAGUCGGUCAUAUUUUGAAAGGAAACUGCACGUCGCCACCUUCAUAUCCUUCGGCGAAUAUAACAUGGCUUCUGAACGGGAAAAAGAUAAACGAUACACAACGACGAACCUUUCCAGUUAGUACAUCGACUAGUACGAAAAAAGCCCCACUGGUCACUUAUUCCGAAUUGGAAGUCGAAUUAGAGGACAGGCAUUUUUAUUCUGGCAAAGCCACGAUUGCUUGCUACGUCAAUAUAUUCGAUUUAUAUAAAAAACGGAAAGAAUUGGUUGUGGAAGAAGACAGACCCAGACCUAGACCAUCUUCAGUGCUAGGGAAUAGAGAUUCGUCUAAUAGUUUCGCAGUCGCACCAUCGGACUUCGUUUUAAGUUUGAGUCUUAUAAACGGACUUAUCGCCUGUUUACGGUAACAAUAAAAAGGAUUCCUUGCAAAUUUUAAUAAUUUCUUGUACAUAAGUUUUUAAAUGAAUGAAAGAUUGUUUAGUGAGGUUAACAUCGAAGUUAA